GGCGGGGUUGCACAGCUCAGCUGCACCCCCUCUCCCCGGGGUUUGCCCCGGGGCCGGGACCAAACAAAGAAAUAAGGAGCCAAACAGGCAGAGAAACCACGGCGCAGCGGGCGAAAAGGAGAUGUGCUCCAGGCUAUGGGCCUGACCCUCCUUUGUGACAGUUCUACAUGUGACCCUCUCUGUGACAGUUUAACACUGCUGGAAACUUGGGCCAGUCCUCGCCUAGGAUCACUGGAUAAGGCACCGCUAUCAGCUGAACGUGAUGUUUGUGGGAGGACCAAACCAAAGAAAAGAUUAUCACAUUGAAGAAGGAGAAGAGUUGUUUUAUCAAGUGGAAGGAGACAUGUGCCUGAAGAUAAUAGAAAAUGGAAACCAUAAAGAUAUCUUUAUCAGAGAAGGGGAGAUGUUUCUCCUACCUGCCAGGAUACCGCAUUCUCCUCAAAGAUACACAAACACUGUUGGACUUGUGAUUGAGAGGAAAAGGUUAAAGACAGAAACAGAUGGACUCAGAUAUUAUGUUGAAGAAUCUACCGAUGUCCUCUUUGAAAGAUGGUUUUAUUGCAAGGAUCUUGGUGUACAGCUAACACCAAUAAUACAAGAGUUUUUCAGCUCAAGUCAAUAUCGCACUGGAAAACCAAAUCCAGAUGAACUCCUGAAAGUCACACCUUUUCCACUAAAUGCCACUGCAGUCAUGAAUCCAUUUUCCUUCCAAGACUGGCUAAAUGAUCACCGUAAAGAAAUCAAUCAAAAAAAAUCCUUGAGUAUCUUUGGAGACAACUUUGAAACACAGGCUGUAGUUCAUGCACCAGGAGUAAGUGAAAGAAACCAGAAGAAUGCGGAUAUCUGGAUAUGGCAAUUGGAAAGCACAUCUGCUGUUGCUAUGGAUGGUAAAACCUUGACUCUGACUGCUGGUGAUAGCUUGCUGAUUCCUGCUCAGUCUACGUACCAUUGGAAGAGAUCAGAAGGAUGCCUUGCUCUUUACAUUGCACAGGAUCCAACACGCAAGAGACCUUAUACUUAACUUGUGAAAUUGAACAUUGGUGAUCAGAAAUGUUAGUGCACAAGGACCAUUUUAAAGAUGCUGACAAUAUGACUUCCCCAAAUCUAUAUCAGAGUUCUCAUUAAAAGUUUUCAUUGAAAUUUAUGUUUCAUCAGUAAGUUCAAAUAACUUUAAAAAUCAAGUGAGCAGCAUGAAAAUCUAUAGCUGAUGAGCUAUUUUGGUAAAAAUUCAGAAUAUUCAUUAUUCCAAAACAAAUGUAAAACUGAUCUAAGUAACUGAGUCCAAUAUGCAAAGUUACAUUCUUGAUCCUAGCUACAGCAAAUCAAACUUUUCUGAAUAGGAGUCCUGGGUGAGCCUUCUGGAUGUUACUGAUAUAGCUACUACUGACUGCUACUCAGCAGAAAAUGGAUCAUUUUAAAGCUAAAACACUAACUGGAGAGCUCUUUAAAACUGGGUUCUAUUCCCAACUGUGCCACAGACACUCAGGCUAGGGACAGAUAUUCCACAUAAACUCGUAUAAGUGAUAGGGAACCAGUUCAGACCUGUUACACACCAGAAGUUCAGUGCAUAUAAACUGCUUUCAAAAUGGCCAAAACCAGUUUAAGAUAAACCUGUAUGGAUGUAGUAUCAGACUUAACUGAUUUAGGUUAAAUGCUUUAUUGAACUUCUGUCCAAGAUCCCCUCCAGAUUCAAGUUAAUUCACGGUCCCCCAGGAUCCCAGGAUGCUUUGUACCUUCCCUGCAAACUCCCCCUUGCAGGCAGGCUAGUGUUGGCCCAAGCUGUCUGCACCAGCUAAGCAGGGUGUCAUGCUCUAGCGUCCCCUGGCUUCUGGGGGCCACUGCAGGGAUCUGGCUGCAUUUCUGAAAUCAAAAUGUGAAUGUCUGUUUACUGGCUUAUUAGUUUAAUCUAUGAAGCUUUGACUAACCUGCAAAAAUGUAAUUGAUUCAGCCUCAAGUUAUUUGACUAUCUGUACUUAGCCUUAGAGUUCAGUGAAGUCAUUUCCUCUCUCUAGCAUCAGUUUCUUCAUUUGUAAUAAAGCAAUAAUGAUAAUUACCUAGCUCAUAGGGUGCUGAGAAUUUUAAUUUGUUAAUGUUUGCAUAUGUUUUGAGACCACUAAUGGAAAGGUCCAUAAAACAAAUCAGCCAUUAUGCGUCAUGUAUCAAUUAAUAUUAUGACAGCAAGAGUUCAAAGCCCACAACCAAGGCUUGAUUGUAGUCCACUAUCUGCAGAAACCUCAUUUUAAAAGGUGAUCCAAGAAGCUCUGUGAUGGGUUCCAGAGAGAAGUUCCCAUCCCUGCUGCCUCUUCAUUCUUACCUUAAAAGCCAAACUGACAUGUCCAAUGCUUUUCCUGGCUGGAGUCUCAGAGAUUUUACCUGAAUCUGCUUUUUGGAUCCUUUUGCUACUGAAAUAUUGAUUACCAGGUUAUUUAGAAAGAUGUUAUCAAAUCCUAGCCACUUUGAGAACUAUAAAAUUACUGUAGCUUGAUUUUUUUGUAAUUAUAUCAAUAAUGUAAAUUAAAAAAACAGACUCUGUUAAUGCCUAUAGAUUUUCAGUAUUCCUGUCUACCACCUACGGAACUUAUUAAAACCAAGCUGUCAUA